AUGACGUCCGAGGAUGCCUUGCCCGUCCUGAAGGUGCUCAUCAUCGGCCCGUCCGGCGCUGGCAAGAGUGCUUUACUGUUGAGAUAUUGUGAGGACCAUUUCGACCCAGAAACCUCUACCGCUACAAUAGGGAUCGAUUUCAAGACGAAAAAGCUGUCAGUUCGAGGGCAGGCUUACAGAUUAAAUGUCUUUGAUACUGCUGGUCAAGAACGCUUCCGCACUCUGUCAACGAGUUACUACAGAGGAGCGCAUGGCGUAAUCCUCGUCUACGACAUUUCUAGCAGGUCGAGUUUCCUGAGCAUGGAGAAGUGGAUCGAGGAGGCCAGGAACAACGCCCAGCCCGAGGCCGUGCUUUAUAUCGUUGGGAGCAAACUCGAUAAAGUAGCCUCCGGAGGCCGUGCCGUAUCGACUGAGGAGGGCAAGUCGUUCGCUGAUGCUCAGGGCGCAGGCUUCUGUGAACUCAGCUCCAAAACUCGUGAGAACGUACGGCGGCCAUUCGUUGAGGUGGUCGACAGGAUCGUGCAGAAGCCACAGCUCCUGAAGCCCCCGAACGCCAACAACAACACGCUCAGCAUUUCCAACAUUGGGUCAGACUACUCGUCAGCUUGCCCGUGCUGA